UAAAAAUGCGAUUCUUGGCCUUUUGACUGUUCCCUUCUCUGCAACUGAAAUCUCCUCCUAUCUCUCCUCCAUUCUCUCUGAUCUUUAUUCACUCUACUCACCUCACUCACUCCCAUUUCUUUUCAUAUUUCUCAUCUGGGUCUCUCUUCUUUAAUCUCAAAAUCAAUUCUUUUUCUGUUUUGGGUCCGUUCAUAUUUCAAAUCUUCAGUCUUUAAUGCUGGUAAAGCUGGAAAAAUGGAGGUGAAAAUGAAAUAUACAGAGUACAAAACGGUCACUAAUAAACUGGUGAAACCAAAUAGUUCACAAAGAAGAAGAAUUGUUCGGAUUUCAGUCACUGACGGCGACGCAACGGACUCCUCAAGCGACGAAUACGAACAGAAAUCUUAUCAGCAAAGAGUGAAGAAACAUAUUAACGAGAUAAAAUUUCAAGAUUUUGUAACGUACGGCCAAGAAAAAUCAAGAAAUAAGAAGCAAGUGAGGAGAAAAGUUACAAGAGAUGAUAAAUAUUAUCCGGAAGGGAAGAAAUAUCGUGGGGUUAGACGGAGGCAAUGGGGAAGAUUCGCCGCUGAAAUUAGAGAUCCGGUGCAAAGAACAAGAAUUUGGUUGGGAACAUUCGACACGGCGGAGGAGGCUGCCAUGGCUUACGAUAGAGCCGCCGUGGAAAUUAGAGGACCCGACGCUCUCCUUAAUUUUGUUGUUCCUCCGGAGGUGGAGGUUGUUGGUGUUUCUGGGUAUGAUUCCGGUAAGGAUUCGCAGACUCUAGUUAGUUCUCCGACGUCUGUUCUUAGGUUUCAACGGUACACUGAAGAAUCUGGGAAUGAGCCGCAAGUUCAAGAAUUAAAAGAUCAAGAAAUUAUGGAAGAAAAGAAAUGGAAACUGCCCAUUGUUAAAGUUGAGGAUUCAGAUGAUUUUGGUUUUUGUUUUGAGGAGUUUUUUGAUUUUGGGGAGCAAAAUUCUACUUUUUUUGGGGAAUGCAGUAUGCCUGAUACCAUUAAUUCUAAAGAUCUUGCUGAUUUUUCGUUUCGUUUAGAUGAAGAUGAAGAAUUUGGGUGCUGUGUAUGGGAUAAAUAUUACUGAUGAUGAGAUUUAAUUAGAGGUUUUUUUUGGUAAAAAGGAUUGAACAAAUUUGGAUAUGGAACGGUUUGGUUGGUGAAUUCCGAGUGGAGUUUUGGAUAUAUCUGCUUGCUUUUUAGAUUAUAGUAUUGUUUUGAUUAAUGUCUAGUCGUUUUUAAGAGUGUAAAGUGUUAUUGUCAUGUAUAAAUUUUCUUGCAUUGCAAAUA